AUGUAUGAUCGUACUUUUAGGUAAGACCAUACCUAGUUGAAGAAUUAUGAUUUAAAUGAAGUAAGGAAUUGUGCCAAACAAGUAGCUCUAGCCUUGCAUUAUCUCCACACUGAAUUACAUGUAUCUCACAAUGAUAUUAAACCAGAAAAUAUAAUAAUGUUUGAUAAAAAUCUUUUUAAACUAGCAGAUUUUGGAUAUGCAAAAUAGAUAGAAAAAACUUUAAUUUAUUCUUCAGAUUUAUAUAAUAAAUGGAAGUAUAGAUGCAGGGAGUACAUGGCGCCAGAGCUCAUACAAAUAGUUAAUAACAAUGUUGCAAUUAAUAAUAAAAAAAUACUCACAAACAUAUUGAAUAAUUGUUAUAUAGAUGAAGUUAAAACUGAUGUUUUUGCCUUUGGUAUGAGUAUAUUCGUAAUGAUCUUUAGCGUUUUGCCUUAUAAGACUCAAGAAGGAGCAUUUUUUGAAGAUGAAAUAUUUUAGUACCUUGACAAUAAAAGCUCUUACGUAUCAUUUUGGAUGAACUUUAAAGACAUCUUAAAUGAGUUUGAAAAGGAAGAAAAAGAAAGGCAGUAAAAUUAUGGAAUUGAACAUUUAAAAGAUUUACUAGAAAAUAUGCUAUGUCAUAACCCAUCAGAAAGAUUUAAUACACUUUAAAUAAUAACCCACCCUUGGUUAAAUGAUACAACUAAUCCUUGA